AUGUCGGCCGAGGACCGAGCCAAGGCGGCGCUGGGCAUGGAGGACGAGGCGCAGUACCAGGGCGGCGACGACACCAAGCGCUUGCAGCUCCUGCGCACCUACCCGCUGGCGGCCGUCGUCGGGCAGGACCUCAUCAAGAGCGCGCUCCUCCUCGGUGCGGUCGACACCAACCUCGGCGGCAUCGCCAUCGCGGGUCGGCGCGGCACCGCGAAGUCGAUCAUGGCCAGGGGCCUGCACAAGCUGCUGCCUCCCAUCGAGUGCGCGAAGGCGUCCUUCUGCAACGCGGACCCCUACAAGCCCGAGGAGUGGGAGGACGGCCUGGCCGAGCAGAUUGAGGCUGCAGGGGGCAAGGUGGAGCGGGUCAUCAAGGACGCGCCCUUCGUCCAGAUCCCGCUGGGCGUGACGGAGGACCGCCUCGUGGGCACUGUGGACAUCGAGCAGUCCAUGCUGCAGGGCAAGACGGUGUUCCAGCCCGGUCUCCUGGCCGAGGCACACCGAGGCAUCCUGUACGUGGACGAGAUCAACCUCCUCGACGACGGCAUCUGCAACCUGCUCCUGUCGAUUCUCUCGGACGGCCAGGUGGUCGUGGAGCGCGAGGGCAUCUCGAUCACGCACCCCUGCCGGCCGCUCCUCAUCGCGACCUUCAACCCGGAGGAGGGCCCGCUCCGAGAGCACCUCCUCGACCGCAUCGCCAUCACGCUGUCGUGCGACGUGCCCCCGACCUUCGACGAGCGCGUCAAGGCCGUCGAGCAGGCCCAGCGCUUCCAGGACGAGCCCGAGGAGCUGUUCAAGGAGGUGCAGCAGAUCUCGGAGGACCUCGCGGGGCAGGUGCUGUUCGCGCGCGAGUAUCUCCCCGACGUCACGAUCGGCCCGAAGCAGAUCGGGUACCUCGUCGCGGAGGCGCAGCGCGGCGGCGUGCAGGGCCACCGGGCGGAGCUGUACGCGGUCAACGUGGCGCGCGCGUCGGCGGCGCUCGAGGGCCGCGACGCGGUGUCCCCCGAGGACCUCCAGCGCGCGGUGAACCUCGUGAUCCUCCCGCGGUCGAUCAUCCGCGACCAGCCCCCGCCGGAGGACGACCAGCAGCCGCCGCCGCCGCCGCCGCCGCCGCCGCCGCCGUCGGCCGAGGACCAGGGCGAGGACCAGGAGCAGGACAACGAGGACGAGCAGGACAAGGACGACGAGGACGGGGAGGAGGAGGACGAGGGCGACGGCGAGGACGAGCAGGACGAGGAGGACGACACGGACCCCGACCAGAUCCCGCAGGAGUUCUUCUUCGACACGGAGGGCGUGAUCAUGGACGACGACGUGCUUCAGUUCGCGACGAUGCAGCAGAAGAGCCAGGGGCGCUCCGGGCGCGCGAAGAACCUGAUCUUCUCGGAGGACCGCGGGCGCUACAUCAAGCCCAUCCUCCCGCGCGGCAAGGUCCGGCGCCUCGCCGUGGACGCCACGCUGCGCGCCGCCGCGCCCUACCAGCGCGCGCGGCGAAUGGAGAACGAGAAGUCCGGCAAGGCUCCUCGCAAGGUGUACGUGGAGGAGGUGGACAUGCGGGCGAAGAAGCUGGCGCGGAAGGCGGGCGCGCUGAUCCUCUUCGUUGUGGACGCGUCGGGGUCGAUGGCGCUCAACCGGAUGUCCUCGGCGAAGGGCGCGGUGAUGCGGAUGCUCGAGGAGUCGUACCAGACGCGCGACACCGUCGCGCUGAUCCCGUUCUACGGCGAGAAGGCGGAGGUCCUCCUGCCGCCGUCGCGGUCCAUCUCCAUGGCCCGCAAGCGCCUGGACUCGCUGCCGUGCGGCGGCGGGUCCCCGCUCGCGCACGGCAUGUCGCUGGCGAUCCGCAACGGCAUGUCGGCGCUGGAGUCCGGCGACGUCGGGCGCGCGAUGGUGGUGCUGAUCACCGACGGGCGCGCCAACGUGUGCCUCGCCAAGUCGAACGACGACCCCGCGACGCUCGAGCCGGAGUGGCAGAAGCCCGACGGGGAGGCGCUCAAGGACGAGGUUCGCGACAUGGCCAAGAAGGUGGCGGCCGCGGGGCUGCAGCUGCUGGUGAUCGACACCGAGAACAAGUUCGUGUCGACGGGCUUCGCGGAGGAGAUCGCCAAGGCCGGGCAGGGCAAGUACUACUACCUGCCCAACGCCAACGACGCCGCGAUCGCCGCGGCGACGCAGGACGCCAUGGCGGAGAUGCGCGGCGACUGA